AUGGCUCGUGUCACAUAUAUCCCGCCGUUGAAGGCCCUCUUGUACGGGAGAUGCGUUGGUAUCGUGCUAGGCGUUUCUAUACUCGAUUCCGAUGCCGUUACUUGUGUUGUGCUUAACGUAGUAGGGUCAUUCAAUUGGGAUGUCUCAACGGCUGGUGAUGGAUCUGUAGUUAAGAUUGGUCUGUCGGUCGAAGUUGUUGUUAUUAGGAAAGAAGUCGAGAUUGAGAGAUCGAUGGAAGGCGACACAGCCGCCGCGGAUCUUCGCGGGACUUUAGUACAUCGUAAGCCCUGGUGGAAGAUAAUGGAAGGACUGGACAUUGACAUGUCUUCAAGCCCGCAGGCUAGAUGGACGUGA